AAAAGCGCACGACGACAGCUGCGUCAGGCGGCCACUUCCUCGGGUAGGAGUGGAUAACCUUGACAACUCCGCGCAGUUCUGCGCCUUUUAUCUCUUUCUCUCCGUCCCUCCGUCUCCCUGUCCGCCCGCCGCCCCGCUGCUCACAAGGAGACGGUCGUCGACAGUAACGAGAAGCCCUUCGUGCGUCACGGUGCGCCCCGGACCCUCCACCCCGCGCGUCGACUGGAGGCAGGGCAGCAUGUGAUGCUCCGUCCUCCAGUGUCCUGCCAGCGAGGAGCAAGUGCAGCCCAGCGGAUGUUUCCAGGACUCUCUCCUCAUUUCCUCUGAUUGAACCUUGGGUAGUGUCGAUCGCCACUAAAGACUCAAGGACUGAGGCCUGGACGUGAAAUCCAGCCGUCACCCCGACGUCUCUUCCUUGUAGCUCCAUCCAUCCAUCCCAUCUCUACUCUUUGAAUCACUUCUUUCUGUCUCCCCAACAGUUUCUUUCCCGCUCUCUCUCUCUCUCUCUCUCUCUCCACCCCCACCCCCUUCCCCACCCUCGGCCUCCCUCAUGCCUAAGAACAGCAAGGUGACGCAGCGCGAGCAGAGCCAUGAGCACGUCACAGAGUCGGUGGCCGACCUGCUCGCACACGAGGAGACGCUUGACGACAAGGGCAGCUCCCUGAACGUGGGAGGGGCCGCCGAGAAGAAGGUCCCGCCGAUAGAGCUGUCCGAGAACGACGGACGCCCCGCCUGGAACAGCAAGCUCCAGUACAUCCUGGCCCAGGUGGGCUUCUCUGUGGGACUGGGCAACGUAUGGCGCUUCCCGUACCUAUGCCAAAAGAAUGGAGGAGGUGCCUACCUUGUUCCCUACUUCAUCCUCCUCCUCCUCAUCGGAAUCCCGCUCUUCUUCUUGGAGCUGGCGGUGGGUCAGAAAAUCCGACGCGGGAGCAUCGGCGUGUGGAACUACGUCUGUCCCCAUCUGGGCGGAAUAGGGAUGUCAAGUCUGAUGGUGUGUGGCUUUGUGGGGCUCUACUAUAAUGUGAUCAUUGGCUGGAGCAUCUUCUACUUCUUCCAGUCGUUUCAGUAUCCUCUGCCAUGGAGCGACUGUCCAAUCAGAAGGAACGGGACACUUGCCAUUGUGGAGCCGGAGUGCGAGAAAAGCUCCGCCACAACCUAUUUCUGGUACCGUCAAACUCUGAACACGACCAGCACGAUCGCAGAGAGCGGCGGCCUCAACAUCAAAAUGACCCUGUCUCUGCUGGUGGCCUGGAUCAUCGUCUGCCUCGCCGUCAUCAGAGGAAUCGCCUCUUCUGGGAAGGUGAUGUACUUCAGCUCUCUUUUCCCCUAUGUGGUGCUCUUUUGUUUCCUGGUCAGGGGCUUAAUGCUGAAGGGAUCGGUGGAUGGUAUUGCUCACAUGUUCACUCCCAAGCUGGAGAAGAUGUUGGAGCCCCAGGUGUGGAGGGAAGCAGCCACCCAGGUCUUCUUUGCCCUGGGUCUGGGCUUCGGAGGAGUCAUAGCUUUCUCCAGUUACAAUAAGAUCGACAACAACUGUCAUUUUGACGCCGUGCUCGUCUCUGUCAUCAACUUCCUAACCUCCAUUCUGGCCACGCUGGUGGUGUUCGCCGUGCUGGGCUUCAAGGCUAACAUCAUGAACGAGAAGUGUGUCGUAGACAAUGCAGAGAAGAUCCUGGGAUACUUCAAGUCAGAGGUCCUGAGUCACGAUCUCAAACCUCCACAUGUGAACUUCUCCCAUCUCACCACUUCAGACUACGCUGAGAUGUACGGGGUCAUCAAGACGGUCAAAGAGGACAGCUUCGCCCAGCUGGGUCUGGCGCCAUGUCUCCUUGAGGACGAGCUCAACAAGGCUGUCCAGGGCACCGGCUUGGCUUUCAUCGCCUUCACAGAAGCCAUGACCCAUUUCCCAGCAUCGCCGUUCUGGUCGGUCAUGUUCUUCUUCAUGCUCAUUAACCUCGGACUGGGAAGCAUGAUCGGCACCAUGACCGGCAUCACCACACCCGUCCUCGAUGCCUACAAAGUCCAGAAAGAGCUUUUCACAGUGUGUUGCUGCGUUGUGGCCUUCCUGUGUGGCCUGUUGUUCGUUCAGCGCUCAGGGAAUUACUUUGUGACCAUGUUCGAUGAUUAUUCUGCUGGUCUGCCGCUCACUGUCGUGGUCAUCCUGGAAAAUGUGUCUGUCGCUUGGAUCUAUGGCACUAAAAGGUUCAUGCAGGAUCUGGAAGACAUGUUGGGUUUCCGACCGUGCAUAAUCUAUUUCUACUUGUGGAAGUACGUCUCCCCUUUCUGUCUGAUCAUUCUCAUCUCAACCACGGUCAUAGAGAUGGCCAUCAGCCCACCAGGAUACAACGCCUGGGUCCAAGAGCUGGCUCAGGAACGCUUCCAGAGCUACCCUCCCUGGGCACUUGCCAUGUGUUUUUCUCUCAUCGCGGUGGCCAUGCUCCCUCUCCCUGUCGUCUUCAUCGCCCGGCGGUUCAACCUGAUGUCGGACGGCUCCAACAAGUUGUCCGUCUCUUACCGUAAAACCAUGAUGAAGGACAUUUCCAACCUGGAGGAGGAUGAGGGCAGAUUCAUCCUCGGCACCAAGCCCGGCGAGGUGCCGUCAUCAGUUUCCGCACGUAAAGCGUACCUCACUCCUGGAGGGAACAAACCCCUGGACCAGAACUCCCUGUCUCCAAACAGCUGCUAUGGUACAAGCUACCAAAACGCUGCCAUCAGUCCCACCACGCCAACAACACCAACCACACCUGUCACACCGGAGUCUGACUCUUGACUGCUGUCCGAACAACCCUCUGACAUCCAGUCCCGUAGCACAGUUUACCUUUCACACGUAAAGUCUCCACCGGGCAUCACUGCAGCACCGACAGUCCCCUCCGCUGCCCUGCUAACGCCAAACAACUGUAUGUAGCCGCCUAAUUUAUCUCAGCACGCACGUCCCAGUAUUAGAACCAAAUGCCUCUAUGUUUCCCAGCAUCGGAACAAGACGUCAGUGUGGACAUAGAUGUCAAAAGCAGGAGACAACGAGAAAAACAUAGUGUUUAUGUGCUUAAGGUGAGGGUCUGUGAUCUGCUUU